AUGGAAAAAAAGCAAAGUGUAGAAUCUCUAGACCUUUUAUUGCAGGAUAUAUGCGGAAAUAAGGUCGUGUUUGGAGGGAAAGUGGUGGUUUUGGGAGGAGAUUUCCGACAAGUCUUGCCAGUGGUCCCUCGAAAGACAAUGAGCGAGGCAGUAGAGGCAAGUAUUGUGACUUCUUAUCUGUGGCCCAGGCUUGUGAAGUUCAGACUGACAGAAAACAUUCGGGCAAGAGAAGACCUAGGAUAUGCUGCUUUUUUGCUUGGUCUGGCUGUUACAGAUACAACGUUUCCAGAAAUUGGGCAUGGCUUAUUUCACAGUGAGGUUUUCACAAAAAAGGCAAUUCUGACUCCCAUGAAUGAUGAUGUGGAUGCUAUCAACACAUUCAUGAUUGAAAAAUUCCCUGGACGGGCUGUGACUUACAAGAGCUUUGAUGCUGUUGUUAAUGAUACAUGCAGCAUAUAUCCUACAUAA